AUGAAGAGUCUAGAGGAACAAGUAUUUAAUAUCUUCACCGACGAUAUUUAUCUUGUGAUUAGAGGGCAGAUGGUUUUUGAGAAUCAAUUCAUUGUAUCCAGCCAUAUUGAUUACGAGGAUUCAAGAAAUCUGACUCUUUACGUAACACAGUACGGUGUGGAGGAUAGGUAUUGGUUAGUUACCUACGUUGGCCGGCCAGAGGAUGAAGAUGGGGAUACUUAUACAUGUUCAUGCCAGCUGCUCGAAUCAGAUGGAGCAUGUAGGUAUGCAAAGUUAAUUGGCAUAGCUAAAAGAGCUUGUUACAAUAUGUCACUGACUAAUGAAGGUUUUGAGACCGGUGUUGGUGAGUUGAACAGUCUUGUAGGGAAACAUUAUGCUGCAACCCGUGUGAAAAAAGCAAGGCUUAACCUCGACGACAAUGAGAAUGUUGUGAUGGAUCCUGUUGGAUCUAGAACCAAAGGCACGCAUGGCCACAAAGCAGCAGAAGGUAAUGUUAACAGAAAUGAGGGAGUCCGAGAGGGUACUAGAUGCGGUGAGUGCCAUAAUCCUGGUCAUAAUAGGCGCACAUGUCCUGAUAUUGUGAAGGGGGAUGCAAGCAAAGGUCGAGACCGAAGGGCAUAA